AUGCCCUACAACUGCUGCCCGCCCGCCCCGAGCUGCCGCACCAGCUGCGCCUCCCGGCCCUGCGUGCCCCCCAGCUGCCACGGCUGCACCCUGCCCGGGGCCUGCAACAUCCCCGCCAACGUGGGCAGCUGCAACUGGUUCUGCGAGGGCUCCUUCAACGGCAGCGAGAAGGAGACCAUGCAGUUCCUGAACGACCGGCUGGCCAGCUACCUGGAGAAGGUGCGGCAGCUGGAGCGGGAGAAUUGCGAGCUGGAGCGGCGCAUCCAGGAGCGCAGCCAGCAGCAGGAGCCCUCGCUGUGCCCCAGCUACCAGUCCUACUUCCGCACCAUCGAGGAGCUGCAGCAGAAGAUCCUGUGCAACAAGGCUGAGAACGCGCGGCUGGCGGUGGAGGUGGACAACGCCAAGCUGGCCACCGACGACUUCAGGACCAAGUACGAGACGGAGCUGUCCCUGCGGCAGCUGGUGGAGUCGGACAUCAACGGCCUGCGCAGGAUCCUGGACGAGCUGACCCUGUGCAAGUCCGACCUGGAGGCGCAGGUGGAGUCGCUGAAGGAGGAGCUGCUUUGCCUCAAGAGGAACCACGAGGAGGAAGUCAACACCCUGCGCUGCCAGCUCGGGGACCGCCUCAACAUAGAGGUGGAUGCAGCGCCAACCGUGGACCUGAACCGCGUGCUCAAUGAGACCAGGAGUCUCUACGAGGCCCUGGUGGAGACCAACCGCAGGGAGGUGGAGGAGUGGUACACCACGCAGACCGAGGAGCUGAACAAGCAGGUGGUGUCGAGCUCGGAGCAGCUGCAGUCCUACCAGGCGGAGAUCAUCGAGCUGCGGCGCACGGUCAACGCCCUGGAGAUCGAGCUGCAGGCGCAGCACAACCUGAGAAACUCCCUGGAGAACACGCUGAACGAGAGCGAGGCCCGCUACAGCUCGCAGCUGUCGCAGGUGCAGUGCCUGAUCGGCAGCGUGGAGUCGCAGCUGGCGGAGAUCCGGGCUGACCUGGAGCGGCAGAACCAGGAGUACCAGGUGCUGCUGGACGUGCGGGCGAGGCUGGAGUGCGAGAUCAACACGUACCGGGGCCUGCUGGACAGCGAGGACUGCAAGCUGCCCUGUAACCCCUGCGCCACGACGAACGCAUGUAACAAGCCCACUGGGCCCUGUGUUGCCAAUCCCUGCACCCCUUGCCCGCCCCCUGCCCCUUGCACACCUUGUAUCCCUCGCCCCCGCUGUGGCCCCUGCAAUUCCUUUGUGCGCUAGAACCCAGGGAUGCAAAAGGAGCAGGGACACAGGGCCUGGUGCUCCAGAGCUGGUGCGGGUUCAUUGGACAAAAGCAGGCUGAAAACAAACUCAAAGGCUGCCCCUGUGUGGCAGCCAAGAGACGCACUGGAACCUCUAGCCACCAGGCCUGCUGCAGACCUUUCCCUGCCUGCCCUUCCCUUUAUCGGGUCUCUUUUCUUCCUCUGCUUGUCCCACUCUCCAAAUGCCA